GUGCCCAAUCCCCUCUUCUUACCAGGACCCCUCCUUACCCCUCCCACAACUAAUGGGGGCUCUCCCACACACUCACAAAGACACACUCAGAAAAUCCACACAUGACACAAAAAAAGAACACACAUAGGACCUAUCUUUGGCACUGCAAGGGCCCUUCCCUUUCCUCUAUAUAAGUAGAUGCAGAGACCGAAGGGCAAAGGCCCCGGCAGACAGAAACAUACGGACACCGAAGCCCAUUGAGCAUCAGACUCCUGCAGCCUCCCCCUCGUCAACUUCUACAGGCCCGCAAGGUGACGUUUCAGCACCGGUACCAUGUCCGACAACGAGCCCGCCACCAAGCCGCCCCCGAAGGUGUUUCACCGCGGCCGCACCGCCACCCCCGUUGCCAACUCCAACGCGGAUAAGAAGGAGGUGCCCGAAUUCGAACCGUUUGGCUUGAUGCCCCGGGGACCCCCUCCGCUCAUCGAGUUUUUGGAUAUUUGGGAGGUGGACAUGCUUCAGACCCAGAGCGGUGUCAACAAGCCUCAGCACAACACUCACGUGUACGCAAACGACAGACUCAUUGUUCGCAGGGGACAGGAGUUCCAGCUCAAGGUGACAUUUGACCGUGCCUACAAACCCUCUGAAGACCAGUUUGCCGUGGAGUUUGUCAUUGGGGCCAGUCCCCAGUUCAACAAGGGGACCUACAUCCCUGUGUUCGUGAACAAGGAGCGUCAGAGCCCAUGGCCAGGUCGAGUGGUGGACAGCACUGACAACGUGGUCACACUGGGCAUCACCCCCGCGCCGGACUGCAUUGUAGGAAAGUGGCGCGUUUACCUGGCAGUUAUGACACCCUAUGGAAUUCGCAGGACCAAGUGGGACGAGACCAGGGAUGUCUAUAUUCUUUUCAACCCUUGGGCACCAGCGGAUUCAGUGUUUCUGGAUGAUUAUAAUGAGAGGCUGGAAUGUGUUCUGAAUGAGCUGGGGGUCAUCUACCACGGUGCGUUUGAUGACGUUGCUGAGCGGCCUUGGAACUUUGGUCAGUUUGACUACGGGGUGCUGGAUGCCUGUCUGUUCAUCUUGGAUAAAGCUAGCAUGCCCAUCACCAACAGGGGCGAUCCCAUCAAAGUAACUCGUAUUGCCUCAGCCAUGCUGAACUCUCGUGACGACGACGGGGUCCUGGAGGGUAACUGGGGCGGGGACUACACCUACGGAGUGGCUCCCACUUCCUGGACAGGAAGCAGCGAGAUCCUCCUCCAGUACUCCAGCAGCAAGCGACCUGUCUGCUACGCCCAGUGCUGGGUCUACGCUGCCGUCUUCAACACCUUUCUGCGCUGUCUUGGCAUCCCAGGAAGGGUGGUCACCAACUUCUUCUCAGCCCAUGACAACAAUGGCAACCUGAGAACAGACAUCAUCCUUGAUGACAAUGGCAAAAUUGACAGGCUGCGCACUGUGGACACCAUUUGGAACUACCACUGCUGGAAUGAGUGUUACAUGACCAGGCCGGACCUUCCGCCAGGGUUUGGGGGCUGGCAGGUGGUGGAUGCUACACCCCAGGAGACAAGCGAUGGGAUGUACCGUUGUGGCCCUGCCUCCGUCCACGCCAUCAAACACGGCCAACUCUGCUACCAGUUUGAUGCACCCUUUGUGUUUGCUGAGGUGAACAGUGAUGUGGUGUUCAAAUCCCGGAACAGAGACGGGACCCUGUCCACGGUCAAGGUCAAUACCAGCCAUGUUGGAAGGAUGGUGUUGACCAAAGCUCAAGGCCAGGACACUCGCCGUGAUAUCACUGACCAUUAUAAGUUCUCAGAGGGCAGUCCGGAGGAGCGCACGGUGUUGGAGAAAGCGGAGGAGUAUGGCAGCGAGCGUGAGAAAGCCUCCCCUCCCAAGGGGGAUGUGGAGCUGGUAAUGCCCUUGGUGGAGGUGAGGGUGGGGGACAGCUUCGAGCUGAAGCUGGUGUUGGACAACGCGAGUGACCAGGCUCGCUCCGUGGACAUGUACGUCAGUGGCAACGUGGUGUAUUACACAGGAGUCACCAGCUCCGAGUUCCUGUUCAAGAGCCCCGAGAUGACCCUGGGUCCCAAGAAAGCUGGGAAGGAGGUGGUUAUUCCGGUGCCUUCCAAGGACUACAUGAGACAGCUGGUGGAGCAGGCCAACCUCCACUUCAUUGCCACUGGGAAGGUCAAGGAGACCGGACAAAUCAUCAGCGCUAUGAGGGUUGUCACCUUGCACACCCCAAAACUCUCUGUGGAGGUGUCUGGUCAAGCUAAAGUGGGCGAGAAGAUGUUAGCGAUCAUAAAGUUCACCAACCCAUUCAAGUUCAACCUGGAGGAUGUGAACGUGCGCGUCGAGGGACCAGGGGUCAUGUCACCCAAACACAAGCACUACAGCCUGGUCACGCCUGGCUCGUCACUGACGUGGACAGAACACUUCCACCCCCGUCGGGCGGGACCCACCAAGCUGAUGGCCAGCCUGGACUGUGCUGCCCUCAGACAGGUGUAUGGGCAGGUCGAGCUCGCCGUCGAACCCUGAUGGACGAAGGGCAGAUCCACGGCACAGAUAUACGCCAUAGUUACAUGCUAGCUUUGAAAAAGUGACAGUGUUUUCUAGUUAGGCAGGAUUUAGUGUAGUUCAAAGUCGUUUUUUUCCCCCCCACCUGACAUCCAGUGGUGUAGGUGUUAGGGAUUGUUCGUUUAAUGCAUGGUUCCAUUUAUGAUCGUGUUAGUUCAUGUAUAUUACUAACACAUUUAUUGAAGUAAAAACAAUUUACUGAUAGAGUAUGUGUUUUGUUUUAGCUUUUGAGUUCAGUAAAUGAAUACCUGCAUAGUGCUGUCAGUGUUUCUCUUUCUAUCUCUGUGUGUCAUUAUAAAGCCCUUAAUAAACCAUUUGCAAACAAUUUGUGAACUGUUUACCCACCA